AUCCUCCACCGGCUAGCUACCUUACGUACGUACGUUAUAAAUACCCCAUCCAUCCAGCCAUGGCUAUUAGCACCGUCAUCCACCACCGCAUCGACUGAAUUCUCCAAGCACACCACCACCGUUAGCUGGGUCUCCAGCUGCAAGCACGCGUCAACACUAAAUUCCACUAGCGAAAUGGCGGCGGCAGCCGUGCGUUCUUGGUGCCGCCGGGCGUUCGCGGCGCUGGCGGUGCUCCUGCAGCUGCGCGGCGCGCGGUCGGCGACGUUCACCAUCGCCAACGGCUGCGGCUACACGGUGUGGCCGGGCCUGCUGUCCAGCGCGGGCUCCGCGCCGCUGCCCACCACGGGGUUCGCGCUGGCGCCGGGGGAGUCCCGUGCCGUGCCGGCGCCUUCCGGGUGGUCGGGCCGCCUGUGGGGCCGCACGCUCUGCGCCGCCGCCACGGGGCGCUUCUCCUGCGCCACGGGGGACUGCGGGUCCGGCGACGUCCAGUGCAACGGCGGCGGCGCCGCCACGCCCGCCACGCUGGCCGAGUUCACGCUGGACGGCAGCGGCGGGCUCGACUUCUACGACGUCAGCCUCGUCGACGGGUACAACCUGCCCAUGGUCGUCGCGCCAUCCACCAGCACCGGCGGCAAGUGCGCGGCGACGGGGUGCGCCGCGGAGCUGAACGCGGCGUGCCCGGCGGGCCUGCGCGUGGAGGCCGCGGCGGACGGCGGGCCCGUGGCGUGCCGGAGCGCGUGCGACGCCUUCGGGGACGCGCAGUACUGCUGCAGCGGCGCGUACGGGAAUCCUAACACGUGCCGGCCGUCGACCUACUCACAGUUCUUCAAGACGGCGUGCCCGCGCGCCUACAGCUACGCCUACGACGACGCCACCUCCACAUUCACCUGCGCCGCCGGCAGCACAGACUACACCGUCACCUUCUGCCCCGCACUGCCCACCAGCGUGAAGUCGACGGGGCAGAACCCGCAGGCCGCCGGGUUGCCGCAGCAGCUCAACAACGGCACCACCAUGGUCUUCUUCGGCGGCAACACGCAGACCAGCAGCGCCGCCGCGGCUUCUGCCAACCUUCUCUUCGCCGUCACCAUCACCGCGGCGGCGGCCGUCGCGCUCGCGCUCUCGGGCUCGGCUCUCGUGUGACCGCACCCCGGUCCGGUGGGGCCAUGCAUAUCAUAUGCUUUUGACCGGGUCACACAAUGGUGAUUGGUAAUUAAGCAUGCAUGUUGCAGCCGUAGCGACUGGGACGGAACAAGAGCAGAGUACUGUACCGUAUUCUAGGCUUGUAGCCUAGGUAGGACAAGUAGAAGUAGACUAGUUUUUUUUUUUUGGCUCCGGAAAUAUUCUUUUCAUCUGUUGAGCAGAGAAAUCAGGCGUGGUAAUUCUUUCUCCAACUGCAGGACUAGAUAGGUUGUAUCCAUCAGAAGGAUCUGUUGUAACCUCAAAGUGAUUGAUUAUUGGUUGAUUGAUUUUAUUGGGGGGAAAUAAUCAAAUCUUAAGAUUCUCACAC